ACCAAAAUGGUUUGGCACAUUAACUUCUUACCAAAAAAAUAAAAAUUCAAACACCAAAGAGUUUUUAUAGUUCUUGAAUUUAUGAGAGAGAUUUCAAUGCAAAACCUACACCCUUUCACCUACGACCAGAUAUCAAUUGAACUCUUCUGAAUACUUUCUAAUUCACAUCAACGCAUGAAGAAACCCAAGCCACCAAAGGCAUUAAAAUGCGAAGAUGGGGUAGAUUUAAUCAGUAACAUGCCGGAAGCUAUUCUUGUUUUGAUUCUUUCGCGUCUUAAAUCCACAAAAACAGCAAUUCGAAGCAGCAUUUUGUCCAGACGAUGGAGGAAUUUGUGGACUGCAGUUCCAUCUGUAGACAUACAGGACGGAGGAAAACUAAAAAAAAGUAAAUUCAAAGAGUUUGUGUAUUGGGUUUUAGCAAGCAAAACCGUAGAUUUGGAUAGUUUUCGUCUAUGUUGUGAUGGUUAUUACAACAUGUCCACAGUCUCGCGGUGGAUUCAUAUGGCAGUCACAAGAAACGUCAAACAACUUGACUUGACGGUUUGCACUAAGGAGAAUGAUGAAGCUUUCGAGUUACCCCAUUGUCUGGUAACUUGCAGUUCCUUAGAGAUAUUAAAGCUAAAUUUGGGCUAUUGUUAUCUAAGUUUGCCGAAGUUUAAGGGAUUUCCGGCACUUAGGGUUCUUGCGUUGUCUGAUGUUGACUUCUUGCAAGAUGCUAAUUUUGUAAAAGAUUUUCUCGCAAGCUGCCAUUUGCUUGAGGAUCUGACUUUGUCGGGCUGUGUGCUAAGCAAACUUGGUCUUCUUUGUAUUUCAUGUCCGAAGCUGAAAAAGCUGAAUAUUUACAGUGAAGACAGGCGCUGUUGUGACAUUAAAAUUUCUUGCCCAAAAUUGGUGGUUUUGAAUUUAGAGGGUGAUAUAGCAUGUAAUUUGUUCUUUGAACGUCUAGACUCCUUAAAGCAAGCUAUGAUUGACGCUACAUUCGAGGGCAACAGCGUACCUGUGCUGUUUCAUGGAAAUUCUCAUGUCAAACCUUUUUGGAAGAACCUUUACUUCCUGUGUAAGUGCAUUGAUGGUGCAUGUGAUCUGGCUCUACCUAAUUUGAAGACUGCGGUGCUUCAAAGAGCUAUGGGUGCCUUCAGUGUCGAUGAACUGAUCCAAAUUCACAAAUAUUGUCCAAAACUGGAGAAUCUCAAGUUGAUCAUUACAAAGGAUUUUAAUGAAAAACACGAGUUUUUGGAUGAAGAUGGAAUAAGAAGAAUCAUGACUCCUGAUGUAAAAAGGGUGGCGUUUUUGGAAUUGAAUAGAGAAAAGCCAAAACUUGUUAUGGACUGGUGUGAAGGUAUAUUGUAUUUUUCUUUCACUUGGGGUAACCAAGCUGGGUUCUCUGAUUAUUGACUUUGAAGGUAAUUGUCAAAUUGAUUAUUUUGAAGAACUAUUGUUACGAGAGUUCUGGUAAAUUGUAAGGAGUACCAACCUAUCCAUGUGAUAGAUCUAGUACCUAGAUUUCCUGGUCCUAUGUGUAAGCUUUUUGGAUUUGGAUUUUUGUUUCAUUUUCAACGUUAACUAGAAAAUACUUGUUUGGUU